AUGAUGCUUUUGCUUACAUUGUUUAGUUUUUUCGUUAUACUAUUGCGACCUGUUGUUGCAAAUUCAGAGCAGUUCGGUUUAUUAGUUAUAAGAUCGGGUUCACCCUUGCAGUAUGCUGGUGUCUAUUCGCAUGGUGAUCAUUUAUAUUUAGGAAAUACUAACCGUUCACUAUCAGCUGUAGUUACAGAUUGUGGUUUUGUUUUAUUCGACGAUGGUAGCUAUGCCGCUGUCGGCAGUAGUGGUGAAAUCAAAGAAUCCACUCUUGAAGAAGCUACUGAUACUUUUGCCAUUAGAAAUGGCCAUUUGACACUCUACAAUGUAGAUGGAUUUGAGGCGGUACCAAAAGGUGGUAAAUUUUUAUUUUCCACUAAAUCAACUUCUAAUUCGUUGGGAAUUAUCAUCAGAGCACAAUCUCUACAGAAAGGUUAUAAAGUACCUGAUUUCGUACCUGCCAAUAAUUGUAGUACCAGGACGAAAAUCCCCUCUGGUUUAGAUACUGUGGUGGAGAAUUAUUCUUUGAAUGGAUCAACAAGCGCACAGAAAAUUUAUUCUAAUCCUGAAGAUGGUGCAACAGAGUUGAAAAAUCCAUGGAAAAUUAGUAUGAUAGCUACAAUCCUAGCUGCUCUUAUGUUGUAA